AUGUUCUCCGAGGAAGAGUGGAUUGAGUCGAAGGCGGAUACGCUCGCUCCCUCGGAAAACCCAUCGACGGCUACGGAAUGGGUAAGGUCAUCCAGUCCAAGAGCCCAAAGUACCCAGUCGGCUCCCUCGUCUUUGGCGUCAUCGCACUCCAAGGUCCUCCUAUCCUGGUACAUGGGUGCCCUGUGCAUGACUGGACUCACUACCUACGGAUCGUCCAAACUGUACGGAACCCUCAAACAGGGCGAGACCAUCUUUCUCUCUGCCGCCAUGGGAGCAAUGGGCCACCUUGUCGGUCAAAUGGUCAAACGUCAGGGACUCCGCAUCGUUGGGUCUGCGGGGUCCGAUGAAGAAGGUCAAGAUGCUCCUCGAGAAAUUCAAGUUCGAUGUCGCCUCAACUACAAGUCAGGAAACCCCAUUAUCGAAUCCUUCCGUGAGGCCUGUUCCGAAGGGCUGACAUCUACUAUGACAAUGUUGGAGGCGAACACCGCGAGGCUGCACUAG